CGACGAUCGUGACCGCCAUGCACGCGUGUGGCCCGGCGGCACGUCCUACGACGGAGACUGUAGAGCUUGUCAUUCGCGCACGGUGGGCGAUGAAGGACAGCGCGGCGCAGUACUUCCCUCGCCCCCUUUCGUUCGCAGCCAUCCUGCGCGAAUUCAAGGACCUUGGCGUACCGCACGACCAUGCGAUCGCCGACCUCUUGCGCGAAGAGUACGACGCGCGGGGGCACCCGCAUCACGGCCUCAAAAUUGCACGGAUGUACGACGAGAGCUACUUCGGGGCGCCCUCUGCAGAUGCGCAAGCAGACGCAGAGGAAGCCGAGUUUGCUGCACGACUUGCCACCCAGGCUACGAGCAAGGGCUUGUUCUCAGCCGCGAAGGUCCUGCAAAGUUCGGGUCGACCCCUUACUCCACGGUUACUCAAUGCUGUGUUGCGAGGAUCGAAAUCUGUCAGUGCUCUCAAGCAUUUGCAAGAGACGUUCGGCGUCGAACCAACUGCAGAGCAAUGGGCCGUCGUCAUCGAGAAUUGCUGCCAGAACAAAAGCAAGAAGGACGCGCUACAGCUGUACGACACUGCCAAGGAUCGCGGCGUUGUCCCCAAUAUUGCGAUGGCUUUCCCACUCAUACAGUUGCUCUGCCGCUAUGGGACUGACAACUUCGAUCGCGACGACCUUGACCGUGCGGUAGCCAUACACGACGACGUUGCGCCUACCGAUGUGCCAGGUAGCGAGUCACAAGCCCUCCUCUACGGCAUGAUGUACGACGCACUCCUCCGUAGCCUUGCCAGCGCCCCCGAACCGCAGGAGUACCGCGGCUUCUUCACAAAGGCCCUCGACCUCAUCGACAAGCACAAGAUCGAAGUCCACCCCGGCCAGCGCGCCGCCUCCACCGCCAUCUUCUUCAUGCGCUGCGCCAAGACCGAGGACGCCGCCUACGCCGCGUACGAGAACGCGCGCUCGACGCUCGACGCGCCCGGCUACGCCGCCGUCCUCGCGCGAAUCUGUCGGCUGCGCUUUCGUCGGUCGACUGGGCCACCGCUCAAGCUCUACUUCGACGUCGUGCGCGACAUGCGCGCUAGGGGGGACGCUGCAUCGACCGCCAUCGAGGUCUACGGCAUCGUCCUGCGCGAGAUCCAGGAGAUAUCCCUCGACGCGCGCUCUGAUGUAGACCCCGAGGCCGCGAUGGCGCUUCGCCGCGAGCUCGUCGGCAUGGUACGCCAGAUUCACGACGUGCUGACGCUCGACGCGGCGCUGACGCCGGGCCCGGGGAUCUGGAACACGCUGAUGGACACGUACCAGCGACUGGGCUGCUUCGCCGACGCGUAUCGCGUGUGGCAGACGCUAGACCUACAGGGGCAGAUUAAUCCGACGGCGGUGAGCAUCGUGCUGGAUGCGUGUGGACGGGCGCGGGCGUGGCAGACGGCGGUGCAGAUCAUGGACAAGCUGUUCCGGACGCACUUCCGGCUGAACCUCAAGAACUGGCAAAGCUGGGUGGAGUGCUUGUGUCGGAUGCGGAGGUUUAGCGAGGCGGUAGAGGUGGUGUGCGUGCAGAUGGGCGGCGAGCAGGUCGAGCCGGAUAUUGGAUGCAUCCUCAUCCUGCUCAAGUUCACCAUGCCAUGGCCGGAGGUGCAGGCGCAGGUCUACCAUCGGAUACGAGAACAUUUGCCGCAUCUCUACGACCAACUACCGCAGAACUGGAAGGACCUUGGAGAGUUCUUGCGGGAAAGGGGUCGUCAAUAGCACUCUCGUCUAUCUUCGUCUAUCUAGAAGCCAAUACUACCAGGUGAAUACAUCGUCGACUGAAUCAGUUUGCAUGGGCGGCUCACCGAUAAGACAGAGCAAUUCUCAGCCUAAAUCCCACCCAUCGUAGUGUAGAAAGCAAUGCUCGAAAAGU